AACAUUUGGCAAAAAACAACCAAACAUUGUGCAACUUUUUCCGUUUCCUUCCACAUCGUUACCUUCCACAAAAAAGGUGCCGGUUAGCGUAGGAAAACGAUCCGGGUAGCUUCCGGAAUCAUAAAGAAUCAUAAUAAUAUUAUUCUUCACAAAAAAAAAAAAUCCAUCACCGGACGACGCUAAGUGUGGCUCGCAGUGUGUACUUACGGGCGCUGCUGUGCAUGAGGAACAUUGGACCGCAAGAUUGCAUCGUUAUCUAAUUUCUAGGUCGAUUCACUUUCCUCCGCUUUGUUCGUUGCAUUCUGCAUCUCGCCCUACCCUAGCACCAUUUGGUGUCAGUGAAAGAUUGCCCUGAGGAGAGUGUUGUUGUGGUUUGGUCGUUAGUGUUCCUUUCACCAAGUUCCGUCGUACAAGUGUGGAGUCUGCAGCUCCUAGGCCUUGAUUGUGAAAUAAAAAAAAAGCAGAGGCUUGAAAGGUGCAUCAUAAAUCGCAACUGUAGAGAGCUACGGCAGCUAGAAUUAUUGCUUGCAAGUAAAAGUAGUGCCCUUUCCACAGUAGGCAUGGCAACGGGUGAGAAAGAAUCCAGCGACAACAUGAUUUCCCUUGGCUGGAAAUUUUUGAACAAGGAAACGUUUGGCAAUGGUGAACGUGCCAACUAUGUGAACAGCCCGCAUGUGAUUGCGAUGGUCGGACUGCCGGCCCGCGGUAAAACGUACAUCUCAAAGAAACUGUCCCGCUACCUGAACUGGAUCGGCAUCAACACGAAGGUGUUUAAUCUGGGCGAGUAUCGACGCCAUGCAACCGAUGCCUACCGUAGCCAUGAGUUUUUCCGUCCGGAUAAUGAGGAAGCGAUGGCCAUCCGGCAGCACUGUGCCGAGCUGGCGCUGGAGGAUGUUUGCAAUUGGUUGGAAAACGGAGGAGAAGUUGCGGUAUUUGAUGCUACAAAUUCCACCCGUGACCGCCGGCAGAUGAUACGCGAAAUAGUGGUGAAAAAGAUGGGCUAUAAGCUCUUCUUCGUCGAAUCAAUCUGUGACGAUCCCAGCAUUAUCGAACAAAACAUCAUGGAAGUAAAAGUAAGUAGCCCCGACUAUCGGAACAUGAACAUGGACGAGGCGUUGUCCGAUUUCCGGCUGCGCAUCGAACACUACCAGGAACGGUACGAACCACUGAGCGAGGAGCUAGAGAAGGAUCUGUCGUACAUGAAGAUCUACAACACGGGCGAAAAGGUGGUCGUGCACAAGCACGAGGGUCACAUACAGUCGCGCAUCGUGUACUACCUGAUGAAUAUUCACAUUACCCCGAGAACGAUCUAUCUCACCAGACACGGAGAAAGUGAACACAAUCUACAGGGUCUGAUCGGUGGUGAUUCCAACCUGAGCGAACGGGGCCGUCGCUAUUCACAGGCACUCGCCAAAUACAUCGACGAACAGCAGAUCGAGGGACUGCGGGUGUGGACGUCCUGGUUGAAACGGACAAUUCAAACGGUUGCCGAUGUAAACGCACCGCAGGAACGCUGGAAGGCACUGAAUGAAAUUGAUGCAGGCAUUUGUGAAGAGAUGACGUACGAGGACAUUCAGCAGCGUUUCCCGGAAGAGUUUAAGGCGCGCGAUCAGAACAAAUUUGCCUAUCGCUAUCCACGCGGUGAAAGCUACGAAGAUUUGGUGGUACGGCUGGAACCGGUCAUGAUGGAGCUGGAACGGCAGGGCAAUGUGCUCGUCGUUUCCCAUCAGGCGGUGUUGCGAUGCGUGUUGGCAUACUUUUUGGACAAAUCUGCUGAUGAACUACCAUACUUGAAAGUGCCUCUACACACCAUCAUCAAGCUAACGCCGGUCGCGUACGGUUGCAAGGUGGAACACAUUAUGCUGCCGAUUCAUGCCGUCGAUACACAUCGCGCCAAACCGGAGGUACCGGGCCAACUCGAUGCCAAGUUUGUGGGGAAACCGAAUCCCAAUCCGGACGAGAAAAAGUAGACGAUGAUUAACUCCUCCUAUUCUCCCCAAAGAAGGAUCUCUCUCCCGCACGUUGGUUGGCAUGAUGUGAUGGCUAGUGAUGCGUUCUAGUGGCAGAUUUAAUGUUGCAUUUUUUCCGUUGAUCGAACUCGUUAACCGUUGGUUGGGAAAUGUCUCUCCAAGGGACAAUUCAAACGGAUCGAUCUUUUUGCUGUGAAAGGAAGAACCUAAAACCCUCAAUACGGGUAUUUCAACCGGCGAGACUACAAGCGCAAGACAGUUGGUGGCGUGUACGAUGUUGUAAAUAGGGAAUGCACACACACCCAUACAAAUGUUUGAUUUGUUUUAUUGUUUUAUUUUAGCAUUUUUAAUAGUUUGUGCAUUAACUUUCCACUUUUAUUAUUUAAAAAAAAACACCCAAAAAUGCAUUUGUUGUCCGAUAUACCUGUUUUUAAUUUGUUGACAUCGGUAGCGCUAGUAGCUAGCUAUCUUGAACAAGAGAUUCCUGUAAAGAUGAGCAUAACUAAAAGACAAAUGAUUUUUACUAGCACUUAGGCAUUUAAAUAUCAAACCACAAAAAAAGAAACAUUAAAACAAGAGAGAAUACGAGAGAAAACAAAUAUUAUUGUAGCUGGUCCUAUAUUUGUUGUCCAAACAGUAAGAAGAGUAUCUUGCUAGCUUUUCCAUAGCCUCUGUCUCUCUCACAUCUCUCUCACACACUCUCAUGUAAGCCGUAGGUUAGCGAAUAUAAAAAAAGCAAAUGAAAGGAUCAAAUAAUAAUAACUCCUUAAGCACCGCACGUAAAUAUAGUAAAAUGUGGAGCUCUUCUACACAGGGUCAGAAAAUAAUCGGAUAAAAACCGAGUACUAGCAUUUAACGAAGAAAAUAAAAUGAGCGAAGCAGCAGGCUAGCUCCUGCAAACGGAGAAGCAAA